AAGGGCCAAAGUUUUGUAUCCCACAUCUCCCAUUAGAGUACAGAGCUUAAACAUAACUUGUGGGGAUUCUUCAUUGGGGCUUGGAUUUGUCUGUAGUAGCAGAUGAGGUUCUUGAAAUCACACAGUUCAAGACUAAAGCUGGAAUCUUGGUAAGUUCUGUUCUGUUUAAUCUAUAUUCUUAACAAAUCAUGGAGUGGGUUUUCCUUCAAAAUAAGGAAAGUACCAAUUUCUCUCCUUCACAGCAACCUUUUCUUCUUCCUCAGCCACCUCCACAGCCAAAUCUCGAUUCCUAUGGUUUUAAUCUCAACAACAAAAUCAGUCCCAGUGUAUUGCUUAUCAUUAUAAUCCUAGCUGUUAUUUUCUUUGUUUCUGGCUUGCUUCAUCUUCUGGUUAGAUUUCUAUUAAGACCUCCUAAUAGAGAUGCGGAUGAUUUGGAGAAUGUGACUGCUCUUCAAGGGCAAUUGCAGCAACUCUUUCACCUCCAUGAUUCUGGUGUUGACCAAUCAUUUAUAGAUACCCUCCCUGUGUUCUACUACAAAGCCAUUAUUGGAUUGAAGAACCCUUUUGAUUGUGCUGUUUGUUUGUGUGAAUUUGAGCCUGAGGAUAAGCUUAGAUUGCUUCCAAAAUGUAGCCAUGCCUUUCACAUGGAGUGUAUAGACACUUGGUUAUUGUCUCACUCCACUUGUCCUCUCUGUAGAGGUAGCUUGCUUCCUGAAUUUUCCCCAAAUGGCAGCUUCUCUCCCAUUGUUCUUCUUCUUGAAUCUGGUAGUGAAAGCUCAAGAGAGAUUGUCACUGACAGGGAGAACAACAUUGGCAGGACCAGUUCAGUUUUAACCACAAAUUCCCAUCUGGGUUUGCAAGGAGACAAUGAAUUGGGAUCGUCAAGAGUAGAUAAUUUACACAAAUCAUGUGAAAUUUUGACAAAAGAUGACUCUGUUCCUACAAUAGUGGUUGAUUCAGGGAAGAAAGUUGUUCCUGUUAAGCUAGGAAAGUUUAAGAAUGUGGAUAAUGGUGAAGGAAGUAGCAAUGCUAAUGUUGAUGAAAGAAGGUGUUUCUCUAUGGGGUCAUUUGAGUAUGUAAUGGAUGAUAAUUCUUCAUUACAAGUUGCUAUAAAGACUCCAACGAAGAAACAAUCAAGCAAGAAGACUUCUUUGCCAUUAACUCCUGGCCUCAGACAAGCAAUGUCUGAAUGUGAUUGCGAAUCGAGAAGAGAAUUCAGUGGCUUUGAAGGUCUUAAAAGUGUUGAACUUAAUGGGUUUGCUGCUAGUAUAUCAAACAGCAAUGGGAAUUCAGUUGAUAGAAGCAAAAGAGAGAGCUUUUCUAUAUCUAAGAUUUGGCUUAGAGGGGACAAGGAGAAGCAAAAAUCAAAUGGGGAUUCUUCAAGAAGAGCCUUCUCCUUUAGAUUUCCAGUGAACAAAAAUGUUGUCUCUGAUGGUGAUUUGAAGAUAAAGAAUGGAAAUAGCAGUGCAAUGAGAACUAAUUCUGAGAUUGGAACUGGAAGAUGGGAAAAUAGAAGCAGUGGGUUGAUUUUUGAUGAGGAGAAUCAGAUCUGUAAUGCAAAAACUCCUUCAUUUGCAAGGAGGACAUUGCUUUGGCUUGUAGGGAGACAAAACAAGGUUAUUCACUCAACAUUCACACCAGAUGUUUAGUCUUUUGCCUUUUGAAUUUCUUGGAAUAUUUUUUUUUCCUGGGAAAAUUUCCUCCUUUUCCAUUAUAUGUUUGAACUCUAGUUUCAAAGAAAAGUAGC